AGUUAUGAAAGCUAACUACCAUACAUUCAAUUUGCAUAAAAUUUGUCUCUUCCAAAGCUAAACUACCACACACCAAUAUAUAUAUGCUCAAUCUGUUGCUGAAGAACAGCAUGUCUUCGCCUCAAGAUUCAAUAAUGGACAAAGAAGAAGCCAAAGCUGAAAAGGAGAAGGACAUGAUGAGUGUUUCCUCUGAAAAUGAACUCCUCACAUGUCAUGCAAAAUUUGAAGCAUUCCCAUUUUUCAAAACACCAAGGUUUUUGAAGGGAGCCAAGAUCACACUCAGACUUGUGACCAUUGUUACUACAUUCAUUGCAAUGCUUUGUAUGCUAACCAGCCACCAAUCUACCACAAUGUUGGGCACGCCACUCGAUGCUCGAUAUAGCUACUCUCCUGCUUUCAGGUUCUUUGUUUAUGCAAAUGCUGUUGCAUGCUUCUUUAUAUUCCUAUCUUUACUUGCUACAAUCGUUUUCUACCUUCGAGGCGCAUGCCCCACCAAUAAAUGCAGCUACUUGUUCUUCCUGAAUGACAUGAUGAUGUUAACAAUGGAGAUUGGGGGAUGUGCAGCUGCAACAGCUAUAGGAGAGGUGGGGCUGCAUGGAAAUUCCCAUGCAGGUUGGGGUUCUAUCUGCGGUUAUUAUGGGAAAUUCUGUGACAGGGUCACCAUUUCGCUCGUGUUUUCAUAUGUCUCAAUUGUUUCAUUGUUCAUACUUACUGUAAUAUCCUCAAUGAACUUCAAAGAGAAUCCUCUUUAAUUUAAGGAUUGAUACAGAAGAAGCGAAUGUAUGUAGAACAGUUCUCUUAGGCACUUGUUUUCUACUUGGUGUUAUUUGUUUGGAAUGGAAAGAAAAGGGGAGCAUGAGUAGCUGUUUAAC